AUGGCUUCUAUUAGUGACGUAUCAACGGUAGAAAACGCUGAAUCUAAUUCAGCUGCAAAAAAAAAAAAAGUCUCAAGUAACGAGGGUCUUUUGGAGCUUAAUCCUCCACCAGAGUAUCUCUCUCACCGAAUUAAGUUGUUUGAGGCAUGGAAGGCUGCACACGAGGAGGAAAUUAAGAAGAAAUCACGCGUUCCGAUUACUGUAACUUUUCCUGACGGUCAAACAAAAGAAGCAACAGCUUGGGAGACUACUCCUUUGGACAUUGCCAAAGCAAUUUCUAAAUCCUUGUCCGAACGUGUGGUUAUUGCUAAAGUUAAUGGUGUUUUAUUUGAUCUAAUUCGACCGCUUGAGACUGAUUGUACUUUAGAGUUACUUGAUUUUGAACACGAGGAAGGAAAGAAAGUAUUUUGGCAUUCAAGUGCCCACGUUCUUGGUGAAGCCUGCGAACGUCAUUAUGGUUGUCAUCUUUGCAUCGGCCCACCAUUAGAAGAAGGUUUUUAUUAUGAGAUGGGCAUCAAAGACCGCGUUGUACACCAAGGUGAUUAUGAAGCUCUCAAAGCCAUAGCAAAUAAAGCCAUAAAGGAAAAACAACCCUUUGAACGAUUAGCUGUUCCAAAAGAAAAUUUACUAGAAAUGUUCAAGCAUAAUCAAUAUAAAGUUUACCUUAUAAAAUCCAAGAUUCCCGAUGGAACAUCUGCCACCGUGUAUCGUUGUGGACCACUUAUUGAUUUAUGUGUGGGCCCUCAUGUUCCUCAUACAGGCAAAAUUAAGUCAUUCGAAAUCACAAAGAAUUCUGCAUCAUAUUUUCUUGGUGACGCAAACAAUGAUUCCCUUCAACGUAUUUAUGGCAUUUCUUUCCCGGAUAAUAAACAAAUGACCGAAUAUAAGACAUUUGUUGCCGAAGCUGCUAAGAGAUUUCAUAAAAAGAUUGGUCAGGAGCAGGAACUUUUCUUUUUUGAUGACUUGAGUCCUGGAAGUUGUUUCUUUCUUCCAAAUGGAUCUAGGAUUUACAACGCCCUAGUUGAUUUUAUAAAAUCGGAAUAUCGUAAACGAGGUUACCACGAAGUGAUUACUCCUAAUAUAUACAAUACCAAAUUAUGGGAACAAUCUGGCCAUUCGCAAAAUUAUGAAGACAACAUGUUUUGUUUUGAAAUUGAAAAAGAAAAAUUUGCACUGAAACCUAUGAAUUGUCCGGGCCAUUGUUUAAUGUUCAAACACCGGGAUCGGUCAUAUAGAGAGUUACCUAUUCGAUUGGCUGAUUUUGGAGUUUUACAUCGUAAUGAACUAAGUGGUGCUUUGACAGGUCUUACACGUGUAAGAAGGUUUCAACAAGAUGAUGCACAUAUUUUCUGUAGACAGGAUCAAGUGGAAGAAGAGAUUAAUGGUGCUUUGGAGUUUAUGAAACACAUUUAUGGCGUUUUUGGGUUCACAUUUCAACUUAAAUUGUCUACCAGACCAGAAAAAUACUUGGGUACUAUCGACGUUUGGGAUCAAGCUGAAAAGAGAUUGGAAGAUGCUUUAAAUAAAUUUGGUGAGCCUUGGGAAUUCAACCCAGGUGAUGGAGCAUUCUAUGGACCAAAGAUUGACAUCACAGUAUCAGAUGCUAUUAAAAGGAAACAUCAAUGUGCUACUCUGCAACUUGAUUUCCAAUUACCAGAACGUUUCGAACUUCAGUAUCGUACUCAGACAGUUAAUGAUUCUGAGCAUACUUAUGCUCGCCCAGUUAUGAUUCAUCGUGCGAUAUUAGGUUCUGUAGAACGUAUGAUUGCAAUUUUGACAGAAAAUUUUGGUGGAAAAUGGCCGUUCUGGCUUUCGCCUCGUCAAGUGAUUGUCAUACCAGUUGCCAAUAGUUUUAGUAGUUAUGUUAAAAAAGUUGUUGAUGCUUGUUUUAACGCUGGUUUAUACGUUGAGUCUGACUUGGGCGAAAGUACUUUGAACAAAAAGAUUAGGAAUGCUCAAUUGGCUCAGUUUAACUUUAUUUUCGUCGUUGGUGCUGAAGAGGAGGACACAAAUUCUGUGAACAUUCGUAAUCGAGAUGAUGCUGGUACAAGAACAAAAGGACAAACAAUUCUUUUAGAAGAAGCAGUAGGGCAAUUAAUUAAAUUAAAAAAUGACAAGAGGCUAAAGAACAGUUUGACAUCAGACUGA